AUGGCAAUUUCACAAGACUCAAAAAAUCCACCAGCUCUUCCUCCACGUAAAUCUGAAUUUUCGGGAGGAAAACCACAAACACCACCUGCCUGGCUUGUUUCUCUAACACGUCAUAACCAAGGAGAAUAUAACCACCCUCAUGAAUUUCUUUUAUCAAAACGCUUUAACAGAGAAGAUAUGACUGUUUUUAUAUGUAAAAAGUGUCAUAAAUGGUUUAGACUCAAGGCUGAUUUACCUGAAAGUCUUGAUUUGAAUAAUCGAUCGAAUCCAGAGCCAGGCUCUUGUAUUAAAAAUCUUGAAAACAAGUUACAUCAUCUUCAUACAACCAUGUCAGAUGAUUCUCGUACUUUAAAUGCACAUUGUUGUUUAUGUAGUUUUGUUAUAAAAGUUGAUAUUGAUGAACCAUUGAUCGAUAUCCAGAUUUUUGAUGCAUUACAAAAAUCAAGGCAGCACUAUUCGACAAAGACUAACGUCACUGAAAAUGAAUCACAACCAGAUUUCAAUCGUACCAUUGUAUCCCUUGGACAACUUCUUGACAACGCGAUAAAUGAGAAUAUGACUCCAUUGCCAAUGGGAGGAAUACACGGGGAUUUUUAUAAAACAAACAUUGGCUGGGAUAAUGCGAGCCAGGCUUUAUUAGAAAAAAUCGGGUACAAAAAAAACAAUAAUCAAUUCGAAUACGCCAUUUUUAAAGGUCGCAAACGAAUUAUUUCACAGGCAAAAGAAGAAUUAGAUAUGCAACACAUGGAAUUUACUAAUUUUCAAAAAAGUGAUUAUUUAAAUCCUUACGAUACGUUGGCAAAUAUUCUUGGAACAAAAUAUAAACGGCAUAAUGACCCAUCUCAGUCUACUUUCAAUCCCGUAUCUAUAACAUGUUCAACACAAGCUAGUGGCUAUUCAAUCCUUGGUUGUGUUUCAGAUAUGGAAGACGAUAUUUUGAAAUGGGCUUAUCAUAUAGGAAUUUAUGAUUUUCCAGAAAAAACUCCUCAAUAUUUACAAGCUAUACAUGAAUUAUCUUUGGAAAGAAAGAGCGAUUCUUUGUCUACGCUAGUAGGUGUUGAAAAAUCACGAGAUAAAUUUACUGUUGAUGAUGUGAAAGAAGCGUAUCUUCAUUUGCAAAAGGCAGAUCAUUCUGUAUCAGACGAUAUACUGAUUGACGUUUAUAAGUCAUUGAUGAGUGAUCGCCCUACUAUGAGUAUAAGACAUCGUGAAGCAUUAUCUUUUAUUGGCAAAUUCAGAAAUAGCUCGAAAAUAUUAAAUUUUUUGAAGGAUGGAGCUAUUUCUUAUGGUGAUAUGAACGUGGAUAAUUAUUCUUCUGAUUUGCCAGUGGGUUUGGAUAACAUUGGAAAUACUUGUUAUUUAAAUUCUUUGUUACAGUAUUAUUUUACAAUCAGAGAUUUACGUGAAACUGUUAUAUCCUUUGAUUCAUCUGAUAUAAACGGAUUUGACUAUAAUCACAAACAAAUAAUAAUUGGUGGUAGAGAAGUUUCAAAUUCAGAAAUUACCAGAGCAAAAAAAUUUGUGAAUCUUUUACGUAAUUUAUUUAUCAACCUAGUUCAUACACAAAAUAAAUCUAUUUCACCUGAAUUUGAUCUUGCGUUUAUGGCACUAGUUAGCGCUAAAAACGAUGAAGAUGAACCAAAGGAUCCAUCACCAUCAUUACCAUCUAAACCUAAUAUUGAUGAAUUAUCAAGUCCUCCUGACUCCAGAAUGAAUAUUGAUUAUUCAAAUGAAGUUCAAUCUUCAGAUAAAGUUGUUGUCACUAAAGCCAUACCAGAUUUAUCAGAAUUUGGUGCAAACUCUCAAGGAACAAUGGAAGAAACUGUCACGCUAGCCAAUGAUAAUAAUGACCAAACUGGUCAAUUCUUUACCGAUGCUGAGAAUGAUUUAUUUAGUUCUGGUCAUGAGAAUGGUGCUUCUAAAGGAAAAGACAGAGAAAACUAUUCUAAUACGAAUUCUUUAGGCCAAGAUAUGAUUCCAGAAUUUUAUAAUUCAUCUAAUGGUGACAAGGAAAAAAAUAAUUCAGGAAUGCUAUUUGGGAAACAACAAGAUGUUACAGAAUGUAUGGACAAUGUAAUGUUUCAACUUGAAGCUGCGAUUAAAAGCACCCAAAAUGAUAAUAUGGAAAAUAUUGUAAAAAGUUUAUUUUAUGGUGAAACUCGACAAGUUCUUCAUUAUACAGAUCAAAAUACUGCUGAAGGUCGUGAUUUAUAUGAUGGCACACAAGCCGAAAGAGAAGUAACUCUAACAAGCAUACCACCUAUACUUCAAAUACAUGUACAAAGAGUGCAAUUCGAUAGAUCAACUUCCAAUGUUUAUAAAUCCAAUGCAUUUCUUCGUUUCGACAAAGUAAUUUAUCUUGAUCGGUAUUUAGAUAAGAAUGGUGACCUGCUGAGACAAAGACGUUUACAAGCAAAUUCUUGGAAAAUGGAAAUAGAUCGAUUACAAACAACACUCAAAGAAAAUUCUCAAGAUAAGACUACUAUGUUAAAUCCGUCAAGUCUACUUAGAACAACAGCUGAUUUUAUAAAAAAUAUGAAAUCUGAUUAUUCUGAAUUUUUAUUUGAUGAAAACGCAGAUUGGCAAUUAUCAGAAAUGGAACAAGAGAGCAUAAGAGUUACCAAUCGAAUUUCUGAUGCUGAAGAUAGUAUAACAACUUUAAGGCAUAAAUUAAAACAACAUUAUCAUGACCUAAAAGAGUGUGAAUACCAUUUACAUGCAGUAUUCAUACAUAGUGGUCAGGCUACAUUUGGUCAUUAUUGGAUAUAUAUUUAUGAUAUUGAAAAAGAUCGAUGGUUAAAAUAUAACGAUUCUUAUGUAACAGAGGUUGAAGAAAGAGAAGUUCUUGCCGACACGACAGGAUCUUCAGCAAAUCCUUAUUGUAUGGUUUAUGUGCGGUCUAAAGGCAAGUUGAAUAUAAAUACAAUUGAUAAAAGUUGA